UUGUCCCUCCUGAUAGGGAUAAAGUUUCUACAAUUGUCUUAACCCAUUCAUUCUAUGAGACAUUUUUGAAACUUGUAAAAUUCGGUUUAAAAAAAUGGAAUCCAAAGAAGCUAGAAUUGUGAUAUUGAUUGCUUUUAGCGUUUUGUUUGUUAGCAUUGCAGUUUCAGCCCCAGGUCAUUGCCCAAAAGACAACUGCGAAGAUUUAACUUGUAGCGGCGCCAAGGGAAGAUUCAGAGACGUAGACGAUUGUCCCUACUGCAAGUGUCUCCGCAACUGUCCGCCCUUCCAAUGCACUCUGAACUGCGAUAAAGGCUACUUGUCCGACGAAAACGGCUGUCAGCUCUGCAGCUGCAAGAAGUGGUGCCCCAGUGUCUCCUGCGCUCUGAUCUGCCCGAGCGGAAUGAAGAGGACCAAGGACGGAUGCCCCUACUGCAGCUGCUGCAAUGAUCUACCGUGUUUAAAGACGCUGUCUUGUGAAGAGUUUGAGGUCGACUCCAGUGGCUGUGCUACGUGCUCGUGCAAACAGUCACGCUUCAGUGACUUAAUAAUAUAAGUGGCUCUGAUUAUCUCUUAUAACGUUACGUGAAAUAAAAAUUGUUGUGAUACAAACACUAACAUGUAUCACUGUGUAACUUUAAAUGAAUCAUUAAAUAAACUUUUUUUUUUUAUUUAA